CAAACAGGCCAAAACAGCUACAAGUGGUUUUUUUUGCUGUUGUGAUGAUUCAAGGACUGAGGUGCAGUCUGAACAUGUGUAAUGUAUAUGCAGCCAAGAAAAAAAACAUCUUGCCACAUAUCUGUGCGUGUGAUUCCCUUGAUGACAUUUAAGCUUCUUAAGUUUAUUGCCAAUGAAUAAUUAAAAAACGACACAUACUGGCGCCCCCCCAUGAAUGAAUCCGAGUAUUACAGAUGCUUGUGAGGAUCUGCCGUGUGUGGGCUCCUCGGACUGACACCUGAUACACAUUACAAACAUUUCUGUGGAUAGUUCUCUCGGGGUUGUAUGAUUAUUUCCGAGAAUGUGCAGUCUCAUAACCCGGUGUUCUGCACUGCGUUCUUAUAACGUCUGCAGAAUAUGCAGCCCCUCAGCCAAUCCCCCCGCAGCGAAGGUAACAAGUAAAAGUUUUGAAGGGGGGGGGGGGGGGAGAAUGUGGCCAAUCAUUUUUCAUGUAUUCAUUUCAUUCCAAAGUCAUCCUAAAGAGCCAUAUGCCGUCAAUGUUAUCCCACUUGUCUGCACAUCGCCCCGGCACAUUUGCGCUCCUGGUUGAAAAGGCAGAACGGGAUCGAGUCAGCUCAUCAGGAGACCACAAGCCAUUCGGGGGUGUGACUACAGUUACUGGGGUCUAUAUAUAUUGAGAUGUUUUAGCCGGUGGCUUUAUGUGAAUGAGAGAGAAGCUGCCCCGGAGUACAGUCGCCGCAGUGGAUCAGUGCGCUCCCCCCCUUCCCCCCCCCCCCUCGCCCUCCCGCCCGCCGGCCCCCGGUGCUCGGACACCGUAGACGCUCCCGAGACGCCACCAUGGAUUCACGCUUCCGCGCGCUCUGCGUGACGUUCGUCCUCGCCUCGUUCGCGCGCAGGUCAGGUGCGGUCGGGCCGGUGGUCAGGUGCGAGCCGUGCGACGCCGGAGCGCGGCUCCUGUGCAAGCCGCUGCCCGAGGACUGCGCCGAGAGGGUCCGCGAGCCGGGCUGCGGCUGCUGCGUGACCUGCGCGCUCAGCCGCGGCCAGCCGUGCGGCGUGUACACCGGGCGAUGCGGCUCCGGGACGACUUGUCGGCAUCGGCCCGGCGAGACGAAGCCCCUGCAGGCUCUGCUGGAGGGACGGGGGGUCUGUGCAAACGCCACCAACAGGAGACAAAGCGCCGGCCCGACACCUGCGGUCAAUGAACUACCAGAGAAUACUGACACUACUCCGGAUGAGGAGAGGAAUUCCACCAGCCCGGGCCUUCAGGUCUUGUACAGCACCCACAGACCCAUGGGACCCCCGAGACCACCGCUUCACCCAUUCUACCCCUCUGCCAAGUCGGACCUCCUGAGGCAGGAGCAGCAGAAGCGGACCCAGAGCUUUAAAAUGGAGGAGCUCCCAGGACCACUCAUCACAGACCAACAAAACUUCUCUCUGGAGACCAAACAGGAGCCUGAGUAUGGUCCCUGUCGGAGAGAGAUUGAGAGCAUUCUCAGCAGCCUCAAGAUUACAGACAUACUCAACCCCAGAGGUUUCCGCAUACCAAACUGUGACAAGAAGGGCUUCUAUAAGAAAAAGCAGUGCCGUUCAUCCAAAGGCAGAAAGCGCGGCUUCUGUUGGUGUGUUGACAAAUACGGGCAGCCGUUGCCAGGUUUUGAUGGGAAGGAGCGGGGAGACACCCAGCACUACAACUCCGAGAGCCAAUAGGAGCAGAGCAGAACGGAGGGAGGGAGGGUGGGAGUGAGCGCAAGAAGAAUUGUAAACAAAUGGAGACACUGAGGAUAUUGGGAGAGGGGUCAAGAGAUGGCUCGACCGAUAUCUGGAUGAUUGCUAUUUCUAUCUGUUGCCUGUGGGACCUUUUUCUGAGGCAGUGGCAACGGGAAACAGAGGAAGAGUACCAGGAGGAAGAAAAAAAAACGUUUCUGCCGCAGAUGGAUACUUUAUAAGCUGUUUGUCUCUGACACAACCUGGACGGCUUCUGAGAAGAGGACACACUUAGAGAAUCGAUCUCAGAGGCCCGAUUCUGAUUAUAGGACCCAGAGAUAUUUGUACUCGUCACAGACAUCGACGAGAGAGCUCUUUAUUUACGCACAAUUAAGGGGCAUUGCACAUUUGUACAUGCUUGUGAUAUGUAGUCAAAAUGUGUGUGCUUGUGAUUUCUCAUGACAACCUUAAAAUGUACCUUUCUCAGAGUAAGCAUGCAGUGCCUUACUAUGAAUUCCUGCUUCCUUCCCCUUGUGGAGCUGGAUUGGACUCCAGCUCCGACACAGUGCAUAUGAAGUUGGUUUUUUUUCAUGCUGGAUCUCAGGCCAGAGAAAGAAAGUGGGAAAUUUUCUGUUUUCUGCACCCUGGUUUGUUAUUGUUUCUGAUGUCACUUUGCAUAAGCUGAUUUUUCGGGGAUUUUUUUAGGCCACAAACCGUUAUCUCCCCUUUGGUUUGAGUAAAUAUGUUUUUUGCAUGUUCAAUGCAACCCUCAAAAGUCUAUUUUUACUUAAUAAAGGCAGCAUAAAAUGA